UAACUGGAUAAAAGAAGGUGGGAAGCAUGUCCGAGUUUUGGUUAAUUUCUGCCCCUGGUGAUCAGGAGAAUUUACAAGCUCUGGAGAGGAUGAACACCGUAACCUCCAAGUCCAACCUGUCUUACAACACCAAAUUCUCGAUUCCUGACUUCAAGGUGGGGACCUUGGAUUCCCUUGUUGGCCUCUCCGAUGAGCUGGGGAAACUCGAUACCUUUGCUGAAAGCCUCAUAAAGAAGAUGGCCCAGAGCGUGGUAGAAGUCAUGGAAGACGCCAAGGGGAAGGUUCCAGAGAACCUCCUGGCCAACGGAGUUGACUUACCAUCCUUUGUGACCCACUUUGAAUGGGACAUGGCGAAAUACCCCGCGAAGCAGCCGCUGGUGAGCGUGGUGGACACGCUAGCGAAGCAACUGGCACAGAUCGAGACUGACCUGAAAUCCCGAACAGCCACCUACAACACUCUGAAGACAAACCUGGAGAACCUGGAGAAGAAAUCCAUGGGAAACCUCUUCACUCGGACAUUGAGUGAUAUCGUGAGCAAAGAAGACUUCGUGUUGGGUUCCGAGUAUCUCAUCACACUUCUGGUCAUCGUCCCCAAACCAAGCUACACACAAUGGCAAAAAACCUACGAAUCCCUCUCGGACAUGGUGGUCCCUCGGUCGACUAAACUGAUUGCCGAGGACAACGAGGGCGGCCUCUUCACGGUGACCCUGUUUCGAAAAGUGAUCGAGGAUUUCAAAACCAAAGCCAGAGAGAACAAGUUCACUGUCCGUGAAUUUUACUAUGAUGAGAAAGAAAUUAAAAGGGAAAGGGAAGAGAUGAGCAGGUUGCUGUCUGAUAAGAAGCAACAGUAUCAAACUUCCUGUGUUGCUCUUAAAAAGGGAUCAUCCACCUUCCCGGACCACAAGGUUAAGGUAACCCCGCUAGGUAACCCCGCUAGGCCCGCUGCGGGGCAGACGGACAGAGAGAGAGAGAGUGAGGGCGAGGGCGAGGGCCCGCUGCUGCGCUGGCUCAAGGUGAACUUCAGCGAAGCCUUCAUUGCCUGGAUCCACAUCAAGGCGCUGAGGGUGUUUGUGGAGUCCGUGCUCAGGUACGGACUACCGGUCAAUUUCCAGGCGGUGCUCCUCCAGCCUCAUAAGAAGUCAUCCACCAAACGUUUAAGGGAGGUUCUGAACUCCGUCUUCAGACAUCUGGAUCAAGUAGCAGCUGCAAGUAUACUGGAUGCAUCUGUGGAGAUCCCUGGCCUGCAGCUCAACAACCAAGACUAUUUUCCUUAUGUCUACUUCCACAUCGACCUCAGUCUUCUCGACUAGGGAGAUGAAAUGGCACCACUGUGCUCUCCUGGUCACGCAGACUCCUACAGACACCUCUUUCCCUUAGCCAGAGAACCCUACAGAAUUUAGAUUUUUAGAGAAAUUGCUCACAAAAGUUAGUUACAGUUGUAUUUAUUUUUUUUAAGUUACAAUAAAGAAGUGCUCAAUCCUCUGAA